CAUACACAUGCAUAUGUGACUUACUUCCGUACACGCAUAUGCGACACAUUCAAAGUUUAGGGCUUAACUACCUGUCGCCGCCAUGAAAUUCGGCAAGCGUUUGCUCACGGAGUCCUAUCCUCCUUGGUCGAGGCAUUAUCUCAACUACAAACAUCUGAAGAAGGUCAUCAAAAACAAUCCCAGAGCAGAGCCCAGUCCCUUCUUUUUCGAACUUGAUCGGGACCUGGAAAAGGUCACGGCCUUCUACCUCAGAAAAGUAGCCGAGCUGAAAGACAGAUUGGAGCGACUAAAGCGCCGGAGUGCGGUCUAUACUAAAGCCCUACAGAAGAACAAGAUGGCCACGGAAACACUCAUCGCAUCGUUCAAGGCAUUCUUGAACGAGAUCGGAAUCCUGCAGGAAUUUGUGAGCCUAAAUUCCACAGGAUUCCGAAAGAUCCUGAAGAAACACGACAAGAACCUGCAACUGCAAACACAAGAGCUGUACCUCUCCUCCAAGGUGGCUGUGCAGCCUUUCACACUUGAUGCGAAGGAACUGGCACAAAUGCAAGAUGGUGCGCGGAACAUGCUUGACGUGCUGAGCAAAAGCGCAGCCGACGCAGCGUCUGUGAUUCCACCCUCGCUCUCUGAAAGUGACCGCUACGGCCAGUUGAUUGAGCGAGUUACAGCACGAGAUCUCAACGGCACGUCGAGUAUACUCGCGAUAAUGAAAGCCGAUCUGACCAAAAGCGAUACGAUGUGGACUAAGGAGGCCAUCGAGCUGUGGACAGUACCUGCGUUGUUGCGCGCAUGUGAUAUGGGCCACACAGAGAUCAUCUGCGCCAUACUGGAUAGUGAGCUUGCGGAUAUCGACUCUGCAGAUCCGGUCGAUCAUGGUAGGUCGGGCCUGCACAAAGCGAGUAAGAAUGGUAACCUAGCAACGGUGGAGCUUUUGCUGAAGAGGGGCGCGGAUCCCGUUCUGCUGGACGCACACGGCCGAACCUCGUUGCACUAUGCGGCUAUCGGUGGCAAUGUGGAUGUUAUUGAAAAGUUGUUAGAACUCAAGAUCGACACCACGAUACCAGACAGCGAGGGCUACUUGGUCAUAUUCUACGUCGUGGCCCAGAACUCUCUGAGUUGCGUUGCCAAGUUUCUUGACGGCGGGGUGCCUAUCAACCAACCCUGCAACCUGGCGGGUAUGUCACCGCUAACUGUUGCGUGUAGCUACGGUCACACAGACAUGGCGAAGCUCCUACUGGUGCGUGGUGCUGAUCAGACGGUGUGUGACGAAGAUCAUCUCUCCCCAUUGCAUGUGGCUGCCCGUGCGGGGCACUCGGCGUGUGUGCGUGUGCUGCUCGAGAGCGGGUGCAAUGUCAAUGUGGUACAACCCAGUACGAAACGCACCCCUCUGUUCGAAGCCGCGUCAGAGGGCAAUCUGGAAUGCGUGAGGAUUCUCCUCGAAUACAAAGCCGUGCACUGGAGCCCCGAUGCUGCCGGGUGGCUGCCGCAUGUACACGCAUUGUUUCGAGGACACGUGGAUGUUGUGCAGCUGCUGCGGUCGCUACCGACGCCACAGCUGUCCGAAGAUCUGGUGCAGUCUGCGGCAAUUGACGAGCUGGAGGCGAAGAAGAAGGUCACGAAUACAGCACCCCCGAGCGCCGGUGCAGAUGACACAAGCAUACCGCCAUUCGAACUGCCGCCUCCAGCGGUCCCGUUCCGGCACUACGGACACUCUUACCUCAAAGAAACCCAAUUGCGGAUUCGCCUGGGGCAUACCACUCAAAUACGCCAAGGAGGCGCCUCCGCGGGUCACAUGCAAGGCCAGGAAGUGCAGCCGCCGGCGUUGGGGCGGUCGAGUUUGGCCACGUUCCUGCCGCUGAAGAACGAGUUCUUGUCCAUGCGGCUGAUGGUGUCGCUGCAGGCCAACCCAGGGGAGCAGCAGAUGGUCAUGUUGCCCAUCGAUCUCGAGGAGGAGCCCUUGAUCUUCACGGCUGGGUGCGGAGAUGAUUUCUCGUUACAGAUCGAGCUGCAUCCCGCUUUCGAGAGCCAGCAAAGCGGUAUUAUCGGCAAAGGGGUGCUCCCACCAGCAUCGUUCGAAGAUCAGAGCGGCGUUGUGUCCUGUGCGAUCAUAGGAAAGGACCUCUCCUUUGUUUGCGAAAUCCUGCUGACGUAUCUGGUGAUCAGUCCGCUGAAUAGAACUCUGCCGGAAACCAACACCUACUGGAAGUCGACACAGGUCGGUUUCUACGUCGAUUUGGAAUGGUGGCGAAUACUAGUGGCAUACACGACCGUUUUUGCUAUAUGGUUUUUAUUUGAGGGGUAUGCUUAUGGGAGUGUGGGUUCCUACUACAAGUUUAUUGCUUAUGUACACUUACGGCACAUGAUCAGCUCCACGACGGCCUGA